AUGUAUCCGCAAGGCAGACAUCCGGCUCCCCAUCAACCCGGUCAGCCGGGAUUUAAAUUCACAGUGGCUGAGUCUUGUGACAGGAUCAAAGACGAAUUCCAGUUUCUGCAAGCUCAAUAUCACAGCCUCAAAGUGGAAUACGACAAGCUGGCGAACGAGAAGACGGAGAUGCAACGCCAUUAUGUGAUGUACUAUGAAAUGUCCUAUGGCUUGAACAUUGAAAUGCACAAGCAGACAGAGAUUGCAAAGAGACUGAACACAAUUUUAGCACAGAUCAUGCCUUUCCUGUCACAAGAGCACCAGCAGCAGGUGGCGCAGGCUGUGGAACGAGCCAAGCAGGUCACCAUGACGGAGCUGAAUGCCAUCAUCGGGCAACAGCAGCUCCAGGCGCAGCACCUCUCCCAUGCCACACAUGGCCCCCCAGUCCAGUUGCCACCCCACCCAUCAGGCCUCCAGCCUCCAGGGAUCCCCCCGGUGACAGGGAGCAGCUCGGGGCUACUGGCACUUGGAGCCCUGGGCAGCCAGGCCCAUAUGACCGUGAAGGACGAGAAGAACCACCAUGAGCUGGAUCACAGAGAGAGAGAAUCCAGUGCGAACAACUCGGUGUCACCCUCGGAAAGCCUGCGGGCCAGUGAGAAGCACCGGGGCUCUGCAGACUACAGUAUGGAAGCCAAGAAGCGGAAGGCCGAGGAAAAGGACAGCCUGAGCCGAUAUGACAGUGAUGGGGACAAGAGUGAUGAUCUAGUGGUGGAUGUUUCCAAUGAGGACCCAGCAACACCCCGGGUCAGCCCAGCACACUCCCCUCCUGAAAAUGGGCUGGACAAAGCCCGUGGCCUGAAAAAGGAUGCCCCCACCAGCCCCGCCUCAGUGGCCUCCUCCAGCAGCACACCUUCCUCCAAGACCAAAGACCUUGGUCAUAAUGACAAAUCCUCCACUCCUGGGCUCAAGUCUAACACACCAACUCCGAGGAAUGAUGCCCCAACUCCAGGCACUAGCACGACCCCAGGGCUCCGGUCGAUGCAAGGCAAACCUCCGGGCAUGGACCCGAUAGCUUCGGCCCUGCGCACGCCCAUCUCCAUCACCAGCUCCUACGCAGCGCCCUUUGCCAUGAUGAGCCACCACGAGAUGAAUGGCUCCCUCACUAGCCCCAGUGCCUACGCCAGCCUCCACAACAUCCCGCCCCAGAUGAGUGCGGCCGCUGCCGCCGCCGCUGCCGCCUAUGGCCGAUCGCCAAUGGUGAGCUUUGGAGCUGUUGGUUUUGACCCUCACCCCCCCAUGCGGGCCACAGGCCUGCCCUCAAGCCUUGCCUCCAUUCCUGGUGGAAAACCAGCCUACUCUUUCCAUGUGAGUGCUGAUGGGCAGAUGCAGCCUGUGCCCUUUCCCCACGAUGCCCUGGCAGGCCCCGGCAUCCCCAGGCACGCCCGGCAGAUCAACACACUCAGCCAUGGGGAGGUGGUGUGUGCCGUGACCAUCAGCAACCCCACGCGGCACGUCUACACAGGUGGUAAGGGUUGUGUGAAGAUCUGGGACAUCAGCCAACCAGGCAGCAAGAGCCCCAUCUCCCAGCUGGACUGCCUGAACAGGGACAAUUACAUCCGCUCCUGCAAGCUGCUCCCCGAUGGGCGCACGCUCAUCGUGGGCGGCGAGGCCAGCACGCUCACCAUCUGGGACCUGGCCUCACCCACACCUCGCAUCAAGGCGGAGCUGACGUCCUCUGCCCCUGCCUGCUAUGCCCUGGCCAUCAGCCCUGAUGCCAAAGUCUGCUUUUCCUGCUGCAGCGAUGGGAACAUUGCUGUGUGGGACCUGCACAACCAGACGCUCGUCAGGCAGUUCCAGGGCCACACAGAUGGGGCCAGCUGCAUAGACAUUUCCCACGAUGGCACCAAACUGUGGACUGGGGGGCUGGACAACACUGUGCGCUCCUGGGACCUGCGGGAGGGCCGGCAGCUGCAGCAGCAUGACUUCACCUCUCAGAUCUUCUCGCUGGGUUAUUGCCCCACUGGGGAAUGGCUGGCCGUGGGCAUGGAGAGCAGCAAUGUGGAGGUGUUGCACCACACCAAGCCGGACAAGUACCAGCUGCACCUGCACGAGAGCUGCGUGCUCUCCCUCAAGUUCGCCUACUGCGGCAAGUGGUUUGUAAGCACUGGGAAAGAUAACCUUCUUAAUGCCUGGAGGACACCGUAUGGAGCCAGCAUAUUCCAGUCUAAGGAAUCCUCGUCUGUCUUGAGUUGUGACAUUUCAGCGGAUGACAAAUAUAUUGUAACAGGCUCUGGUGACAAGAAGGCCACGGUUUAUGAGGUCAUCUACUAA